CUUAUAACCAAAAUUUAAUGCAUUAAAAUAAGAUAACUUAAAAAAUAAACCUUGGUAUUCACCUCAAAAAAGCAUGAAUGAGGGUACCAAUACUAAGGUCGUUACCGACUGUUGCCGUUUACCUUCGCUAUUAGUGUUAGCGUCACUAAAAAUCGCAAAGUAGGAAGGUGUGGCCGGGUACACAGUUGACAUCGCAAAGCAAGUAAAAAUGGACAGGCGACGCUACAUAUAUAUUCAGAUGGUCAUAUUGAUCUUUACAGAGUACCAAGCUGUUACUCCUUGCAAAGUCGCAAAUAUAUCUGCUCAGGAGAAUUUCCAACUUGGCAAGUUCAUGGGUAAAUGGUACGAGAUCAAGUAUAUUCCACUCACACAUAUACCUGGCGAAGUACUAUGGACGGACUACCAAGUCACUUUCACCCAAGAGAGCCAGAAUUUGGUUUCUAUGUACGACAUGGGAAGGCCCAAACGAACAGAUGAGUUUUGCAAGGAAUCAAAACAUUACCUCCAUACUACUGAUGUCCCUGGUAAACUACAACACAGUAGAGGAAUAAACUCGACUCGCUCGGAUAGAUGUGUUGUUCUUACCGAUUACAAUAAUUAUGCUGUGCAGUACGGUUGUCGAGAAUUACUUCCAGAUGGAAGGUGUGCCCCUGGUGGAGUUGAUUCCUGGGUAUGGUCCAGGGCAUGGACACUGCCUGUUGACACCAUGGUGAUGAUCGAUGAUUUUCUUAAUACAACACUUUGUAUUAAUAUGACAACGUAUGUGCCUAAUGUCAACGAAAAAGAAUGCUCUCCUGAAACAAGUGCAGCAGAUGUGAACUAUUUAGCUACAUCAGUGAUUUACCUGGCUAUUACACUUUCCGUUGUGUCCAUUGCAUUCGAAUGAGAAAGAAGAAAAACGAAGAAAACAAUUACAAUGCAAUAAUUACAAUUACAAUAAACGACCUCUUCAAUACUUUGACCAUAAUAAUACGCCUAUAAAGGAAAUAUACGUGAAGCAGGUGUUCUACGGUUCGAUGUAAAACUGAUGGUUUCCACUUUCCAGAAUUCCAUAGAUUAUGGUCUUUGAUGCUAUUUUCUAUAUAAAGUUACCACACCGUACUGUUGGGGCCCCUACUGUGAAACAGAAUAUGUUCACAUCAAAUGCAACUUAUCAGUUUAAAUGAACAGUUGGAAUAGUAGGAUAUUUUGACAUGUAAUUUACUACAUCUACAAUCUACACUGGACAAUGAGCCUAAGUGUGCAAAUGCCAUAUUAGUACUAACUUAAGUAUUCAUUAAUAAACACAA